AUGGUGCCUCAUAAAGACAAACUGGAAUAUUUGAUUUUGUCUUUCUUAUUUUCUGCAAGCUUUGGAGGGCAUGUCCCUUCACCAAAGGUGUUAGCAGUGGAUGAAAAUGGGAACCGUUUGCUGCAUCGUGCUGUUACAGCCCAGCGCCCAAUUUCCACGCUGAAGGAUGAUGUGGAUGGUGCAGAAACCUGGAGCCACCCUCCUGUCCCACCGAGACCCCCGUUCACAGUGCUGACAGAUCUGCCAAGAGAGCAAAUACAGCGCCCCACUGAGAGAGCAGGAUCCUGCAUUCCUGGUGGUUCAAGAGCUCCAAGAUACUCCUAUGGGCUAACAGCUGCUGUUGCAGAAGAGUCCCUAGCAACAGCAGAAGUAAAUAGCUCUGAAGGCUUGGCAGGCUGGAGGCAAAAAGGACAUGAUUCUAUUAAUAAGUCCCAGGAAGUCUCUCAUGGCCCUCUGACACCAAUGGUAGGGGGCACAAGAGUCCACAAUGGGGUUGCCGAGAAAGGUGGAAAUAACAUAAAAUCCUAUGCACCUUUGCCACAAGGCAAAGUAGCCUUUCCACCUAGGGGUCCACAAACCAGAAACCCUCCAUAUCUCCCCACCCUUAGAUCAGGGAUAAUGAUGGAAGUACCUUCAGGAAAUACUAGAAUGCUCUCCAAGGGAAGGCUGGCUCAUGUUUCUUUUCCACUCCACGGGCCAGAGCACCCUGUGGAUAACUGGCAAAGGCCUAUGCCUUUGUCUUCUAGUUUCCCAGGCUUUCCUUUCUCUUCUGCUCAUUGCUUCAUACCUCCUCAACCAGUGAGUUUCAAGCCAUUUCUCACUACACCUGUUACUUUUGCUGCUCCCCCCAUAUUUGCGGCCCCGUUGACACCUUAUUUUCCCCAUUAUCACCCUAGGUUAAUUAGAUCUCCUGCAUCCCCAAACAGCGAGUUCAAAUGA